AUCUGAUACCCGGCUGCCCUGGAAGCGCACCUAUGAUGGCAGAUCAUUGUCCGCGAUUGAGAAUGGACAGGCGCAUCGUACAGAAGAGAAGAACUCAAUCAAAGGUCAACGGGACGUUCGUUAGAUUUUAAUGCACGUCCGCAGUGGGAAACCGUGAACAAAUAAGCGUAUGAAGCAGUUUAGGAAUGUUAACCUUUUCCUUCUGAACUCUGAGAGGAGUGAUGUCCUCUCCAAUUAUAUUAAAGAGCUGAACAAUUGAAGGUGGGACGAGAUACCAGUGAUAUAAUAUGAACUUCUCUCCAGGCGGGUUGUGGAUCUUUUUUUCUGUAAUUCUCUGUUGGGUCGUGUCCAGAGUCAGCUCGUCUUGGUGGUACAUGGGUACCCUCGGCUCCCAAGUCAUGUGUGAUAACAUCCCAGGCUUGGUCAACAGACAGCGCCAGCUGUGCCGCCAGCACCCAGCGAUGAUGCGCACUGUUAGCGAGGGCAUGAAGGACUGGAUCACCGAGUGCCAGCAUCAGUUCGAGCAUCACCGAUGGAACUGCAACACACUGAACAGAGACCACAGUCUGUUUGGCAGAGUUCUGCUAAAGAGUAGUCGAGAGGCUGCUUUUGUUUACGCCAUUUCCUCAGCUGGCGUUGUCUACACCGUCACCAGGGCCUGCAGUCAGGGAGAGCUGGACUCUUGUUCUUGUGACCCCAACAAAAAAGGCACCUCCAGUGACAAAAAGGGCAAGUUUGAUUGGGGUGGUUGUAGUGACCACAUUGACUAUGGCAUUCGAUUUGCACAAGCCUUUGUUGAUGCCAGAGAAAGAAAAGAGAGAGAUGCCAGAGCCCUGAUGAACCUUCAUAACAACAGAGCUGGUAGAAAGGCUGUCAAGCGCUUCCUGAAAUUAGAAUGCAAGUGCCAUGGUGUGAGUGGAUCGUGCACAGUGAGGACGUGCUGGCUAGCAAUGGCAGACUUCCGGAAGACUGGUGACUACUUGCGGAGCAAGUAUAAUGGAGCUGUCCAGGUUGUCAUGAACCAGUAUGGCACUGGCUUUACAGCUGCCUUCAGGAAAUUCAAAAGGCCAACAAAAAAUGACCUUGUCUACUUCGAGAAUUCACCAGAUUAUUGCAUCAGGGAUCGGGAAGCAGGUUCUCUGGGCACUGCUGGACGGGUAUGCAAUCGAACAUCGCGAGGAGCAGACAGCUGUGAAGUCAUGUGCUGUGGCAGAGGGUAUGACACGACCCGUGUGACCAGGAUGACAAAGUGUGAGUGCAAAUUUCAGUGGUGCUGCGCCGUUCACUGCAAAGACUGCCAGGAGACCAUUGACGUGCACACCUGUAAAGCUCAAAAGAACAUCGGCUGGUCCGAUCCAACUUGAACGGAUUGUUGUUGGACUUCUAUUACUCAAAAGGAAAAAACAACAACAAAGAUUUAAGGUUAAGAGAGCUUUAAAUGCUGGAAAAUAAGAUAGCGAGUGUGAGUAUAAAUGGGAGCAGCACUCAAGAGGCCAGACUCUCCUGUUUGUCAGAUUUGCUGGUUUUUGUUUUCUAGAAUGGUGUAUAAAUUUAUUUAAGUAAAAUAAGAAAGGGGACUGCAGUCUUAGCAAAAGAAAAAAAACAUACUCAUACAUACAGUAAAAAGAUUGUUAAUUUCUGGCUGAGGUUUUACAAAUUAAAGAAGAAAAAGUGAAUGAACAAACUCAUCUGCCAGAGCGUUCCCUCAGUAAUGCUGCAACUCUUUAAUGGUUUAUACUGGUCAAGAUUCUUCACAUUUCACAGUGGCAUAACAAGCAUAUGCAGCGACUCCGAGAUUCACGACAAGUGAAGCGACGUGUAAAAGAAAUCACUUAAGAGGGAGGGACAUGUUCACAGAGUUCUUCAUAACAAUCACAACCUUCAGCUUUGGUCAAGUCCAGAUAUGUGUUUAGUCGUCUGUUUCACUGUCUUUGAUGGUCAUGCCAAGGGGGUUCAAAUGACAGAUAUCCAGCCAGAAGACCCCACAUAGGCAGAGAAUGAAGGGGAUCAUCAACUACAAUGGCGCUUGGUUUCCUUAAACUAACAUGCUCCAUCUCAACAUCUGACACAACUAAAUUCUGAUUUCUUAAUUUUGGCGUGUGCUCAAAAAAUUUAAUAUUUGGUUGCAUUGUUCAAGCACUUCAGUAAAGACAAAGAAUCCAGAAAUGUGGAGUCCUCGUUAAGAACUAAACCCACAAUGCCUUAAUAAUCAAACAAAAGUAGAGGCCAGGGGUCCUAACUGCUAAAAGGCAGCUUUUUAUUGUCUGUGAACGAUUACAGGGCCGCUUUAUUAAGAGUACUAGGGCUGAGUGAUGUGAUGACAAAAGCUAAACAUCAUGAGGAUUGUUAACAUUCUUAUUCCACAUUUAUAUUAAGAAUAUUUAGAUUUAGGUUACCAUUGUUAGCCCAAGUAACACUCGCAGGCCACUUGGUUAGUGAUGUAUGUUUCCAAGGGACGUUUUCAACCCGACGUAUUUAGAGAAACACCAGUAAAAGCAAACACAUUGGAUUUGUUCAGCUUAACUCCCACAGCCUCCAGUCCGCCUCUUCUAAUGUUCAUCAAUCAAGUAACAUGUUGUCCUGCUUAGGCACCCACUCUUCUGCUGAACAGAGCAGUCCUCAAUACCAUAAAGUAAGCUGAGGACAUGGCUGCACCACACGGCCUUUUGUCUUUGAGAAUACCGCUACUCUCAUUGAGACGCUUUUUUUUUUUUCUUAAUGGAGAAUUAAGAAAAUACUUAAUACUCACUUAAAUGUCUGCCUGUCCAAACUCAUUCGCUCCUGUUUCUCCCUGGCACAAAGUGCUGUUUUAGGUCAGGCGUCCACAUCUUGCACGCCUGAGUAUUGUUCAGAGAUGGCAUGAAAUUUGACUUUGAGGUUUCUCUUCCAUGUUUGCUUGUUAUACACUAUAAAACAUAAAUGCUAGAAAAUUAUAAUUCACAGCUUUUAGAAGUGCAGAAGUGGGCCAUGAGCACCAUAGAUAGACUAGUGGCUCCCAAACUGUCAGGUUUUUAUUACACAAUCAGUAAGCCAUUUCAACUCUUAAUUGAUCUCUUUUAAUUAUCUGGUCUCUUUGCUCUUCUAGCGUGAUUUUUACAUUGACAAGACAUGUAUUCUUUGCAGUAGCUUUAAAUGCUUACCUCUCCUUUGUUGUUUUGCUAUUAAUUUGCCCGUUUUUGUACUUGUAUAACAACAUGCAGAGCAGACAUUGUGGCAAACGACGCUGAAUGCUGAAAGGCUGCAAACACUUCAGUGUGCUCAUAAGCAAAGAAUGAGUUCAAUAAGCAGAGCGCCUGGAAAAGCAGAAUAAAAAUUAGGAUUAUGAUUAAACAAAAAAACAAAUUAUUCCCGAAUUAUUCAAUGCUUAGUACAUUCUAAUUAAGUUACCAAACUUUGUUUUGACGUUUCUAUGUUGAACCCAAAACACAGAAAGUGUCAAACAGCAACCUUCUUGAGUAGGCCAGGGGGUCCACUUAAAAACAGAAGUUGGCUGGAACAAAAACCUGCAGCCACAGGGAGUCCCAGGAUUGAGUUUGGGAAGCACUGCCUCAGACAUAUCGCUGUCAGGCUCCAGUCCGUAUGAGAUAUGAAUGAAAUUGGGGAUUUCUCUCUUAGUAUUCCCAGACCUGGUAGAUGGAGAAGGGCUCCUUUAUAAAGAUGGCGAUGUCCUUAUUAUUGCAAAGACAGAGAAGCAGCCUCUUCAUUUUCUGGUGCCACUCAGCCAGAACAAAAGACAAUCAUGGAUUCAAAGCUCAGUUUUUCAAUUGAUAAAAAGAAGAAAGAAGACUUUAAAGAAUUUAAAAUAUGUUCUAAGGUAUUGCCUUACCUUUUGUUUUCCAUCUUUUAGGCAGCAAGGGGUUUGGGUUAAGCAUGAAGAACAAUAUAGGGUGCAGUGGGAGUCGCACGCCUGUAAGCAUUCAACUUAUCCAGGAGAUUUGACAUGAUGUGACCACUAACAGGCAUGCCAGGGAUGUUUACAGUAAGUCACAAAGAACAACGUUAGUAAGCGUUGCUGGCAGGCUGGCCUAGUUCCAGGUCUCUGGGGGUUAACCUCUGCCAACUUCACUUGUCCUCCUGUAUCCUUAAUGUGUGUGGAUGUGUGUGUGAGUGGCUUCUCAUCCUGCCUUGUGCCCAGCACUGCUUGGAUAGGCUUAGGCCCCCAGUAACCCUGAACUGGAUUUAGAAGGUAUGAGCAUUUUAGGAAAUGUGUGCCAUAUUGGAUAUUCUGAUCGACUCUGUCCCAGCUCACGGUACUGCACUGGCUCUGCUUGGCUUCAGCCGUGUGGACCCCGACACGAAUGUCAAGAGCCGGUUUAUUGUUCACAUCAUUGAACAUUCAACAGAAGAUGGCUGCUUGGCUGGAGCCUUUAAAAGUGCUCAGAGUGCAAAUAAAGAGACUAAGAUCCGGCAAAUGAGCUCAACAAGAGGGCCAACUUUUGUUAGUAUCAGUUAGAAAAAUCAGACUAAAAACAAAACGAGUAUUAAGUUAAACGGUGCUUCAUUUCCACACAUAAUUUAGUCCCUGAGUGUCAUAUUGGCUGGAAUGUAAACCUGCAGCCCCCACAGGAUGGAGUUUACCAACCAGAAUGUGCAGAAGACAGACGGGGCACCCAAAACACAAGAAAUCCUUCCAAAAAAGGUGCCAGCCUCCCAGAUUUGGACUGGGUUCAGAUGUAGGUUGGAUGUUCAUUAAAGCUCAAUCCAUGCCAAAAUGCCAGAAAUUAUAAAUAUUUAGCUGAGACCUCAGUUUUAUGUUUUUUUUUUGUAAAUCUAUUUAAGGUUGUCAGUUCAUUUGCACUUAGCUUCUUUUCUUUUUUUUUGUGAACUCUCGACACUUUGUAUCCAAGUGUUGUUUAAAGUACUGGAUGCAAAAAAGCCGGAGGUUGCGUGUAGAUAUUCAACUGUAAUGUUUUGCUUUGUUUAGAGUUCUUAUUAUGGACCUUUGCACAAUAAUGGCUAUUUAUUAUUAUUUUUUUUGGUUUCAUAUGAACUAGCGAGUGAAGAGACCAAACACAUUUUUGGCUUUCAACAGUUACAGUAAACACAAGAGCCCAGGAUGAGCAUUCAGAACCUGCUUUCAUAAUGUCGAGUAUUCUAAAAUCUGCAUGUCCUUGCAAGUAUUAUGUGCCAUUUAAUAACGGAGAGAUGCACAGUAGACCAGCUUUGCAUGUAGUAUGAAGACUUUCAUCUUAGUGACACUUGACACAUUAGAGAUCCGUCAGUAUUUACACAUGUUCAUACCGUUUAACUAAGAGUCAAAGCAGCCAUCUCAUCCAAGCUGGCUUAAUCUAUCUAUUUCAGGGGCAUGGCGGGCCACAAGCACUUCAUGAAGUGUAGUAUGACUUGGUUUGGUAUGUGGGCUGAAGUGUCAGUGUAACUACAAAAGGAAGCACAGAGCAGACCGCGUCCAAGUCAGUGAACAGAUCUUGUGCUCUUAGCUUGGCCCGCCCUGACACACAGUAAGCAGAACUUCAGCACUCUGCGUUAGCCUUCUUUGCAAAAACUGAUUGCUGUGGUGCCCAUUUCUCUGGUCAAUGUAUAUUUUACUUUAUAUUUUACCAUCUUUCUUGUGUACUUUUACUUAUCACAGACUGAAUGUAUUAAUUUAUCAAUAAACCAGAACUGUAAAGCAUUCACACACA